CGCAGAUUAUUGUCCUAUGAAAUGAGAGCAUGACCAGCAAACACAGGCACGAGCACCACCCCUAUGAUUAUACAGUUCUUUAUUAUUUCUUUUUACAUAAUCUCUGACAUGAUCGAAGGUCUGCCGUCCGAUAGCAAUGUUGGUCUGAGCUUCGGCAAGCUGCUUGUUCCGGUCAUUUGAUGUGCCAACGCUUAACGGAUACGUCCAAAUCAGUGAUGAGGACUUGCGGUAUGCGGCCCGUUCAUUCUCACGCUGGCUGAACGUUGAAAACUUGAUGUGGGCCGCUCUGCGGCUCCCACUACAGCUCCUGCCAUGGGGAAUACCGCCACUAAGUUUCGUAAAGCACUUAUCAGUGGAGACGAAGUCCUGGCUUGCCAGCUUUAUGAGAGCAACCCCCAAUUUAAAGAAGCUCUGGAGCCCAACGCAUCUUAUGGGGAGCCCUAUCAACACAACACACCCCUGCACUACGCCUCACGCCAUGCCAUGUCACGCCUCAUCAGGGCUUUCCUUUUCUCCAAAGAUGGCAACCCCAACAAAUGCAACGUUCACAAUGAGACUGCGUUGCACCUGCUGUGCAUGGGCCCGCAGAUCCUGCUGAGUGAGGGGGCGCUGCAGCCGCGGAUCAGCCGCCCCCAGGAGGAUGAACAGAAGCGGGCUGAGUGCCUCCAGAUGAUCCUUCAGUGGACCGGAGCCAAGCUGGACCAGGGCGAGUAUGAGAGAGCCAAUGUCAAUGCCUCCGACAACAAAAAGGGCACCUGCCUGCACUACGCUGCGGCGGCUGGCAUGAAGAACUGUGUUGAGUUAUUGGUGAAGAACAGUGCAGAUUUGUUUGUGGAGAAUGAGGACAGAGAGACGCCAUGUGACUGUGCGGAGAAACAGCAUCACAAGGAGCUGGCGCUCAGUCUGGAGUCUCAGAUGGUUUUUUCUCAGGAUGCUGGAGCUCAGGAGAUAGAAGCAGAAUAUGCCGCCCUUGACCGACGAGAGCCAUAUGAGGGAUUGAAACUGCAAGACUUGCGUCGAUUGAAAGACAUGUUGAUCGUGGAGACGGCCGAUAUGCUGCAGGCUCCUCUCUUCACGGCCGAGGCCCUGCUACGAGCUCACGACUGGGACAGGGAAAAACUUCUAGAAGAUUGGAUGUCUAAUGCGGAGGACUGCUGCCAGCGCUCAGGUGUUCAGAUGCCAACUCCCCCACCGAGUGGCUACAAUGCCUGGGACACUCUGCCUUCUCCUAGAACCCCGAGAACAACUCGCUCCUCUGUCACCUCCCCUGAUGAGAUCAGCCUGUCUCCUACUGAUGGCCUUGCACUGUGUGGGAUUUGCAUGUGCAACAUAUCUGUGUUUGAGGACCCUGUGGAUAUGUCGUGUGGGCACGAGUUUUGCAGGGCAUGCUGGGAGGGGUUUUUGAAUUUGAAGAUCCAAGAAGGGGAAGCACAUAACAUCUUUUGCCCUGCUUACGACUGCUUCCAGCUGGUUCCUGUGGAGGUCAUUGAAAGCGUAGUCUCCAGAGAGAUGGAUAAGCGCUACCUGCAGUUUGACAUUAAGGCUUUUGUGGACAAUAACCCUGCCAUUCGCUGGUGCCCCGUAGCCAGAUGUGAAAGAGCCGUUCGACUGACUAGACCAGGCCCUGGAGCCUCUGACCCUCUGAGCUUCCCCUUGCUCAAAGCCCCUGCUGUAGACUGUGGCAAAGGCCAUCUCUUCUGCUGGGAAUGUCUUGGUGAUGCCCAUGAACCUUGUGACUGUGAGACGUGGAAGAUGUGGCUGCAGAAAGUGUCUGAAAUGAAGCCUGAAGAAUUGGCUGGUGUGAGUGAAGCCUAUGAAGAUGCUGCCAACUGCCUGUGGCUACUUACCAACUCUAAACCUUGUGCCAACUGCAAGUCCCCCAUCCAGAAAAAUGAAGGCUGUAAUCACAUGCAGUGCGCGAAGUGCAAGUAUGAUUUCUGCUGGAUUUGUCUUGAGGAAUGGAAGAAACACAGCUCCUCUACCGGAGGAUACUAUCGCUGCACGCGCUACGAGGUCAUCCAACAGGUGGAGGAACAGUCCAAGGAGAUGACUGUGGAGGCAGAAAAAAAGCACAAGAGUUUUCAGGAACUUGACCGUUUUAUGCAUUAUUACACUCGAUACAAGAAUCAUGAACACAGUUACCAGUUAGAAGAACGACUCCUGAAAACAGCCAAAGAAAAGAUGGAGCAACUAAGCAAAGCUUUCAUUGGAAGGGAAGGAGCCCCACCUGACACCACCUUCAUUGAAGAUGGUGUGCACGAACUUCUCAAGACCCGACGCAUCCUUAAGUGCUCUUAUCCGUAUAGUUUCUUCUUGGAGCCCAAAAGCACAAAGAAAGAAAUAUUUGAACUUAUGCAGACUGAUUUAGAGAUGGUCACUGAAGACCUUGCUCAGAAGGUGAACAGGCCUUACCUCCGCACCCCUCGCCAUAAGAUCAUCAGUGCCACGUAUCUGGUGCAGCAGAAGAGACGGGAGUUCUUGGCCUCUGUGGCUCGAGGUGUCGCCCCAAAUGAUUCUCCCGAGGCUCCCCGCCGCAGUUUUGCUGGUGGGACUUGGGAUUGGGAGUAUCUAGGAUUUGCCUCUCCUGAGAUGGUGAGGAAUCACCCAGUACGGGGAUCAAAUGCACAGCGUGAGGGCAAUUUCAAUGCAGGAGGCCAGCCGCAGGAAUACUCAGACUUCCAGUACAGACGGAGACACAGGCAGAGGCGUAGAGGAGACUUUCUCAGACUGCACAGCCUCCGCAGUAACACCCCUGAACCACAUGACUCCAAUGACAACAGUUUAGAAACGCAUGAAGGAGGCAACACACAAAGGCAUGGGAUGUCCACGGCACUUGGGUCUCUGGAUGAAGAUGACCCCAAUAUUUUGUUGGCUAUUCAGCUGUCCCUACAGGAGUCCGGGCUGGCCUUGGACCCCGAGCCUCAGGAUGUGCUCAGUAACGAUGCCUCUGUAGGUGCCAGUGGUUCCUCUCUGCCCUCUAGACUGGAUUCUGCGCCCCAUUCUGCGGAUCCCCCCCGAGCUUCCAUGAGCAGCUCUGAGCUUCUGGAGCUGGGAGACAGCCUAAUGAGACUGGGCAACAUUACCAGCCACUAUACACCCUUUAACAUGAGUUCCUACCCUGAUGCCUUGGGUAACGCCUUCACCCCUAGUGACCCUGACUGCCUGGACCCUUCCACCAACGCCAACCUGCUUGGCAACAUUAUGGCCUGGUUCCAUGAUAUGAAUCCACAGAGCAUUGCACUGAUUCCCUCAGCCACCUCAGAUGCCAGUUCCGAGCCACCCGUUUUUGGAGAAGGACAAUCUGCCAAAGCCCAGGACGAUAAGAAUGAGGUGGGGAGUCCUGAGGAGGAUUCCCUGUCGCUAAUGAAAGAGAGCGCAGAAGUGUUGGCAUCGCAGCUUUUGGAGCUAGAAUGUGUGGAUGAUGCACAACCUCCUAAAGCGGAGCCAGACUUGGAGGGUUCAGGUGGCAGCGUAGAUCUCACUAGUGCAGUUUGUCCAGAGAGCAGUACUGAACGGGAUGAGCAAGUAACCCACCUCUCUUUAGAGUGGGAGGAAGAAAUGCACCUAGUCUGAGGAAAAAGUCUAAUUAUGUUUACCAAUUGAGUGCCAAAACACUAAAUAAAAGCAGAAUUGCUUGUUUAGAAAUGGAGAAGAGUGAUUUGGUGCAUUGUGGGUAGACGGGACUUGUCUUGGUUGUGUGUUGCAACGCGUCUGGUGGAAGAAAAAAAAAAUAUUCAAGCUAAUGAAAGCUGAUGAGAGAAGAGUGAGUCUCAUUCACUAACCGUAUUUGUGUGUGUAUGAAUGUUUUGCACAGAAAUCAUAAUUCUUUAAUAUCUUAGCACUUUUUUGUUUUUUUUCUACAUUUUAGCAUAACAUUUAGAACCAACUAGAACUGUAUGUAUGUAAAAAUCAGUCCUGGUGGCCUUAGAAACAUGAAAUGGUGUAAGCCGAAAAGUUGGAAAUUUGAACAGUUGAGGGACCCAAAAGUGUUUUAGCGUAAAAAAAAUUGAUGUAUUUUAGAUCUGGCAUUGGCUUUGCAUAAAAAUGUAUUUUUAGGCCCAAAUAAAAGUCUUUAUUUUGUGUUUAAAAGCCAUUUAUAUGGAGAUGGUUAGGGCACUAAUUAUGCUAAUUGCUCAUUUUAGGGACUUUUAUGUAGAAUAAUCUGGAUCUAUUAACAUUAUAAGAUAGUAAGAGCAAAUAUACAUGCGUACCUUUUGAGAAGAAUAGGGCAAGAAUUUUGUGUAAGAACCAUUUCUGUGCACAUAAGAACACGGUUAUAAGUGAAUGUUGCAAAGUGUUAAACUCACAAUGACAUGGAAGUAGCGACAGGUAUUUUAUUCUAUAUGUGUAUAGAUCUGAGGGAAAUGGAUAUUUGGAAAAAAAAAAAAUGUUAGGUGGCGACUUGGUUGUAUCCAUUGUUGUGUUGAUUGCAGUCGAUUGUAACAAAGAGGUGGGAUUUAUGCGUGCUGAACGGUUGGAGACAUGAACCUACACCAUCGAGAGAA